AUGAGAUAUGUUCUAGAGAGAGAGAGAGAGAGAGGAGAUGAAAGGGGCUCAUGAGCUCCGUCUCGUUGUUUUAGCAUUCAAGGCCCCGUUAUAAAUACCCCCAACAACAUUCACAAACUUAUAAAUACAUAAAGGGAGGCUGCGAGGAGUGCAGAGGAAGUAGCAGCAGCAGCAGGGAUCGAUAUAUAUAUAUGAUAACUAUGGAAUUUGGUUGGAUGUGGUUGGUGAUGGUGCUCAUUUGGAGUUUUGGUGCUGUAUUGGUGGCAAUACUGGAAUGGGUGCUCAAGAAUGCAAAUAAGUGGCUCCACGAGAAGCACUUGGGGGAGAAACAGUACUCUCUUCCACCUGGUGAUUUGGGUUGGCCUUUCCUCGGCAACAUGCCCUCCUUCCUUCGCUCCUUCAAAUCCAACCAUCCUGAAUCCUUCAUCUCCUCCUUUGUUUCCAGAUUUGGACGUACUGGAAUAUACAAGGCUUUCAUGUUUGGGAGCCCCUGCGUGAUAGUUACAACACCUGAAACAUGCAGGAGAGUUUUGACUGCAGAUGAUGAUAGCUUUAAGCCAGGUUGGCCUCAAUCCACCGUUCAACUCAUUGGAAACAAGUCAUUUAUCGGAAUUUCCUACGAAGAACACAAGCGUCUCCGGCGGUUAACAGCUGCUCCGGUCAAUGGUUACGAGGCAUUGUCCACGUAUGCUAAAUAUAUCGAAGAAAAUGUCGUCUCUUCCUUGAACAAGUGGACAACGAUGGGAGAAUUUGAGUUUCUGACCCAGCUUCGGAAGCUUACUUUCAGGAUAAUUAUGUACAUUUUUCUUAGCUCUGAGAGUGAGCCUGUGAUGGAGGCUUUGGAGAGGGAAUACACAGCUCUUAACUAUGGAGUUAGAGCCACGGCAAUUAAUCUUCCAGGAUUUGUUUACCAUAAAGCACUCAAGGCUCGGAAGAAGCUUGUGGCUACAUUUCAAUCUAUUGUUGAUGAGAGGAGAAAUCAAAGGAAGGAGUUUGUCUUGCCAAAGAAGAAAGAUAUGAUGGAUGCUUUGCUGGAUGUUGCAGAUGAAAAUGGCAGAAAAUUAUCUGACGAGGAAAUCAUAGAUAUUCUGUUGAUGUACUUAAAUGCAGGUCAUGAAUCUUCAGGACAUACAGCAAUGUGGGCAGCCAUUUUCCUGGAACGGCACCCAGAAUUUCUUCAAAAAGCUAAGGCAGAGCAGGAGGAAAUCGUAAGGAAGAGGCCACCGGGGCAAAGUGGGUUGACUCUGAAAGAAAUUAGAGAAAUGGAGUAUCUUUCCAAGGUGAUCGAUGAAACCCUUCGUUUGAUAACAUUUUCACCGUUUGUUUUCCGAGAGGCAAAAACAGAUGUCAACAUUAAUGGUUAUACCAUUCCCAAAGGUUGGAAAGUCGUUGUCUGGUUUAGAAGUGUUCAUCUGGAUCCUGAAAUUUACGAAAAUCCAAUGGAAUUUAAUCCUUCCAGAUGGGAUAAUUAUACACCCAAAGCUGGAACCUUCCUUCCCUUUGGAGCAGGAAGCAGGUUGUGCCCUGGAAAUGAUCUUGCUAAGCUGGAAAUCACCAUUUUCCUUCACCAUUUUCUCCUUCAUUAUCAGCUGGAGCGGGUUAAUCCUGGAAGCCCUGUGAUGUACUUGCCACAUACCAGGCCCAUUGAUAAUUGCUUGGCAAGACUCAAGAAAUGCCCCACUUCAUCUGCAUAGGGAGAAAGAAAGUGGAAACAAAUAUAAAGCCAGCAUGAUAUUGAACAUUUGCAGUUAUCUAGUUUAUUGAAUAAAGUAUGAUAUUGUCUGCAAUCUUACGCCCAGAUAUGUGUCACAGUCCAGGAACAGUAUACAUGGGCCAUGGGCCAAUUUGGGCUUAUUACUUCUUGUUUUUCUUUUAUGUUAUGUAAUGAAGUGGGCUACAGGGUAGCUGGGCCGUUAGUUUGUUAUUUCUUUUUAUCCAAUCCAUUAGUUAGUAAUAUUGGGUCAUGUUUUAUCAAGGCUGAGGCCUUAUUUAAAUUUAUGGCAAGAUCCUAGUAUAUAUGUUUACUGUAGCUACCGAAAGGAUCCAUCCAGAAAGUUAAUGCAAAGAGAAUAUCUUAUCACCGGUCAGUCUGUUCCUUUUAAAA